AACAACAGUCAAAAGGGGUGUGUCCAGCACCUAUAAAUGAAAAAGCAUGCGUGGAAUUUCAUUUAUACUCCCAGCACACACACAGAGAGAGCCACACGCGACAACCCUGCCAUGCUCAGCUCAGCAACCCAGUACAUCCUGUUAUCCCUUGGAACCCUCACUCUCUGUUUUGGCCUGGUUGAGUGCGGGGCCCACAGGCAGCUUGGAGACACACACAGGGCCCUGCGGCUAGAUGCUCUGAAGGCCAGUAUCCUUAGCUACCUGGGAAUGGACCGGCCGCCAGAGCUCAUGGCCAGAAAGUCUGAGCAGGAGCUGGACAGGAUGUCUCAGCAGUACAGAAAGAUGCUGCAGCAGCUCAGGGGCAACUCCACUCAAGAGGAGAAACUCACGCAGGGCACACAGAGAGUCUCAGUGACCAUCCUUCCCGUCUCUGCUUUCUGUUUUCUUCCAGUGGUGCCAGUAAGUGUGCAGAAGAGUGAACAUCACAUACAUCCCACGGCUCACUGGUACAGGGCAGAAUUCCACAGAGCCUCCUCUAUGGGACCAGAGCAGGCACUGGUUCAGGCCCAACUGAAGCUUCACAGCGCUGACCCUGGUGGCUCACGCACCAAUCAGAAGAUUCAGAUCGACAUAUAUGAAUCUCGAGGAGGAAACAUACUGCUCCACCACGUGGAAAAAUUUGUUAUAAAAAGGCGAUUUUCCAGCAAAAAUGUGACACUGGACAUAAGAGCUGCGGUUGAGAAAUGGAGGGUGAGGUCUGGUAAUAGCACUUUAACCAUUGAUGUCGGUUUUAGCAUGGGAGAGAGGACAGAUCAGACUAUCCCUAAGAUAACCUUAGAGCUGGACAUAAUAUCACACGAUGGAGAGGGAAAACCAAGGCAGGUCCGGUCCACGAAGGAAGAAGGCUGCGAAGAAGGAAACAAGUGCUGCCGAAAGUCGUUGAAUGUGUCUUUCAAAGAGAUAGGCUGGUCUGACUGGGUUGUGGCACCCAGCAGUUACAACAUGUACUUCUGUGAUGGCUCCUGCCCCCACAACUACAAGCCGGCUAGCAUGCACACGCAGGUGAAGUCACGCAUGCAUCACAUGACCAAAGGGGCCACACCCCGGCCUUGCUGUGUGCCGGCAGCCUAUGAACCUAUGAUCCUCAUGCACUAUGACAGUCGAGGAAAGCUGAAGCUCUCACCCUUCAAUGAUUUGAUCGUUAGCAAAUGCCACUGUGCCUGACCCACUUUGACUGAACAAGACUGAGAGAAAAAAAUUAGUAUUUAUUAUAGCAGUUUAACCCCUUAAAUGGGUGGCUUUCUUUUUUUUUAACAAUAGAUGAAGAAAAAACAAUGUAACCAGUUUGGUAACAUU